AUGCCAGCGCGUAGCGAACAGGACGCUAGUGUUAACGAAGUGCAUGUUAUCGAUAUCGAGGAUAACAUCGAUAAACCAGCUGUGAUAGACGUAGAGGACAACGCUAAUAUGAAGACGAACGGGCAGAACGAUAAAGCCGGAGACGGUAUUGUGUAUGUACCAGUGGACACAAGUGAAACUGAUGUUGUGAUAAACAUAGACAAUGGUUCACUGGGUACUACCACUAAAGCUAAACCAGUCAAUAUUGGUGAGAUAGUAGAAAAAGCUCGGGAUGCCUUCAAUCGUGGUAUAACAAAGCCUAUAGAAUGGAGACGGCGACAGUUAAAAAAUCUCUUACGCAUGUACGAAGAGAACUACAAUGUUAUGGUGGAAGUGUUACAAAAAGAUCUAAGACGGAGUAAAACAGAAGCAGUGUUGCUGGAAGUAGACUACCUUAUCAAUGACUUAAAGAACACAUUACACUAUCUUGACGAAUGGGUGAAACCUGAGCAUCCUCCAAAGACCUUUGUGAACAUGUUGGAUGAAGUUGUGAUUUACAACGACCCGUAUGGCCUGGUGCUGAUUAUCGGUGCAUGGAACUAUCCACUGCAGCUACUCCUACUGCCAAUGGCUGGGGCUAUCGCUGCCGGUAACGCGGUCAUCAUCAAGCCGAGUGAACUUGCCACGGCUUGCGCUAGAUUUGUCGCCGACACACUUCCGAAGUAUUUGGAUAAUGAUGCCAUAUUGGUUUUGGAAGGAGGCCCAGAAGAAACUACUGAACUACUCACCCAUAAAUUUGACUACAUUUUCUACACUGGUGGAACGAACGUUGGCAGGAUAGUUUACAGUGCUGCUACUAAAAAUCUUACCCCAGUGACAUUGGAACUUGGUGGCAAAAGCCCAACAUACAUUGAUAACACUGUAGAUAUAGAGGUCACAACCAAGAGGAUCUUAUGGGGCAAGUUCAUCAAUGUGGGCCAGACUUGCAUUGCUCCAGAUUACAUUCUAUGCACCAAAGAGGUCCAGGAUAAAUUCGUGGAGUGCGCUAAGAAGAUACUGAGGGAAUGGUACGGUGAAGACCCACAGAAAUCUCCGGAUCUAUGCAGAAUCAUCAACAGUAGGCACUUCAGCCGCUUACAAUCAUUAAUAGACGCCAGUAAAGAUAAGAUCGCUAUCGGCGGUAGAAGUGACCCCCAGGACCGUUACAUUUCACCUACGAUUAUCACUAAUGUCACCCCGGCCGAUAAAAUUAUGGAGGACGAAAUUUUCGGUCCGAUAUUACCAAUUGUCCCCGUCGAGAACGCUUACGAAGCGAUCAAGUUUAUCAACGCGAGAGAAAAGCCGCUGGUGCUGUACGUAUUCACAAAUAAUGAUGACGUCAGACGGAGUAUAACAGAUAAUACGAGUAGCGGAGGGAUGUGUAUUAACGAUACCAUGAUGCUGAUGGGAGUUGACACGCUACCGUUCGGCGGCGUCGGCAACAGUGGGCUGGGCGCGUACCACGGAAAGGCCUCGUUUGAUACAUUCACACACAAGAAGAGCUGCUUGGUGAAGAAUUUCGCUGCUAUCGGAGAGAAGCUCGCUUCUGGUCGUUACCCCCCAUACACAGAAGGCAAGUUGAGCUUCAUAUCAGCUCUGAUGCGCAAGCGCCACGGUCCAUCGCUCAAGUAUUUACCAUAUGUGAUCACUUUUGCGCUAGGCGCCUCCCUGGCAUACGGAAUUACUGUAUGGCAAAAGAUGGGAUCGGAGGAUCUGUAA